AUGCGCGCCCAAUUGCCCUUGCUGAGGACGGCGCAAGGUGCGCGAGCUGGUCAAUUGCCUUCUUACGUCUGCAGGCAAUGUAGAGGCAUCCAGAUUAGCGCUGCGCCGACGACUGAAGCGCCCAAGGUUGGCGGGGAUGUCUUUGGAGCUCGAGGAGCGUCGCGGGAUGCCGCCGAUGCUCGGUUCGAGGUCCUCGGAUCACCAUACUCCCUCCUUUCCGUCUCUCUGUCGCCGUCGCAGCAGCUUUACACCAGAAGGGGAACAUUGGUAGGAGUUGCAGGCAAGGCUGAAAAUGCCCAAUCGACACUUUCCAUUCUUUCGCCCUUCACACGAGCCUUCCUCGGCGUUCCUUUCCUGUACCAACGCAUUUCAUCUUCAACGCCCCUCACGGCUCUGAUUUCUACAAAGUCUCCCACAACGACCUUUUCCGUCCUUCACCUCGAUGGUACCACCGACUACAUGAUCUCCCAGCGCAAUGCGCUUCUUGCCUGGACGGGCCACACACUCUCCGUAUCGCCGCGUAUAAGCCGUGGCCUUUCGCUUGCCCACUGGGGAAGCACUCACCUCACUGGCAGAGGCCUCGCUGCUCUGUCCUCCCCCGGUCAGGUGUACGAAGUUACCCUCGCAGAAGGCGAAGAGUUUGUCGCUCACCCCUCGCACGUCGUCGCAUACGCCGUCUCUCGCAACCCUCCUUUGCCGAUGCGCCUAAAGUCGAACAUCCUCCGUCUCCAAAUUCCCAACAUCACUCGCUUCUUCCCCGAGACAAAUUUCAUGAAAGCGAUGCGCGAUACCAGUACAUACAAGAAUGUUGCUCGGUGGUUGUUCACUUUGAGGACGUCGCUCAGACGCACGAUUUGGGGCGACCGCCUGUUCCUCCAGUUCCGCGGCCCGACAACCCUUCUCAUGUCCAGCAGAGGCGUCAGAGUUGCUGAUGCUCUCACCAAUAAGGAGGUCAACGAGAUUGCAGAUGCGCCGGCUGGCGUAGUCCCAGACGCUGUUGAAUUGACCACUAAGCCAAAGAUCGAGGCAAAGCCCGUAUCGGUCGAGCAGCCACCAUCAGCCAUCCAUGUCGCCAGCGUAUCGCGUGAUGGAAAAGUCAGCUUCGAGGACGCGAAGGAUCUCAAAGAGUUUGUGCGAUAG